GAAGAUGACGUUAAAUCUGCAGUGUGAGGGUGGGGAGUCUUAGUUGGAGUUUUUUCACGUCUAGUCAUUAAAAACAUGUUGACAGGACUUCAUCGUUUAAUUUUUUUAUUUAUUUAUUUAUUUUAAUUGUUGAUAGGAUUUAUAUCUGGAGUGCUAAUAUAUUAUUUCCGUGAAAGCCAAAAUAUCGCUCGAUGAAACUAAACAACAAUGGCCGUUUUUAAACCGGUAGGUUAGUUUUGUUUUCGUUCAAGCAGACGCUCCUCUGCGAGAUAAACAAACCGGGUUGGCUUGAAUUGAGUUCCUCGAGGGACCCAAGAACCGGUCUAGCACUAUCAAAUUGAAGGGGGGCAAAGAGCUUGUCUGUACCUCCAGCCUUUUCCUUGCCUGUGUCAACAAUGGAGACCACUCAGUUGACCUUAACUGUCAGUGGAGAAACAUCUCCAGGUGAGGUGAUUGCAGUCGUGGGAAGCUGUGAAUCCCUGGGAUGCUGGAAAUAUCAAAAAGCUGUGACCUUACGUCCUCUCAGUGAUGAGGGACACACAUGGACCACAACAAUCACCGUACCUAGAGGUGUUGCUACCAAGUAUCGCUAUUUCAAGGGCUUCUUUCUGCAGUCAAAGAGUGCAGAUGGUCCCUGUCAAGUGAUAGUCAAUAUGUGGGAGACCCAUCAUCAGCCCCGCACGAUGAGCCCCACAGCUGCACAACAGGAUAUUAACGAUGGAGAAUUUGGAAUUUACAAUGGGGUGAAUUGUGUUGACUCAGGGUGGCUGACAUGCCAGACGGAAAUUCGCCUGCGUUUGCACUAUUCUAAGAUGCCUCCAGUGUCCAUCACUAAGAAGAAAUUCAAGAAGUCUCGCUUCAGGAUUAAGCUGACGUUAGAGGGCUUUGAGGAAGAGGAGGAUGAAGAGGAGGAAAACGAGCUCAGUCCUUCAUCAUGGCACAAGAUAACCACCACUCUGGAGAUCAGUAUGAUCAGUGCUAAUGGGUAUAAGUCACGCCACUCACAGCCAGAGUGUGGUUACGCCCUGGAUUCGUCCCAGUGGACAGAGUACAGCAUUCACACCAUGGACCCUGAUAACCUGGAGCUCACUUUUGAGUUCUUCGAGGAGGAUCUGAGUGAGCAUGUAGUUCAGGGGGACAUCCAUCCAGGACAUGUGGGAACAGCCUGUCUCCUCUCUUCUUCAUUUUUGGAGAGCGGCAAGGACUUGGGUGUAGUUACACUUCCCAUAAUGGGCCGAAACUCAAGGCAGACCAUCGGGAAAGUAAGAGUGGAUUACCUGGUGAUCAGACCGAUCCAGGAGUUCCAGUGUGACAUGAGCUCAUCGUACACAAAGCACUGGAAGAAAAGAAGCACUCUGGAUGUGGGUCACAGAGGAGCAGGAAGCACACAUGCAGCCAAACACCACAGAGUUCGAGAGAACACAAUAGCCUCAUUUAAAAGUGCUGCAAAGCAUGGUGCAGCCUUUGUAGAGUUCGACGUUCACCUCUCCAAAGAUGCUGUGCCCAUAGUGUACCACGAUCUAACUUGCUGUAUCUCCACUAAAAAGAAAAAUGACCAGAAUCUGGAGCUUAUUGAGGUCCCAGUGAAAGACCUGACCUUUGACCAGCUGCAGCUUCUGAAGCUGGCCCAUGUCACUGCAAUGAAAGGAAGUGACCACAAAGAUCUUCUGGAGGACGAGGAUGAAAUUGAUGAACAUCAGCCGUUCCCCUCACUGUCACAGAUUUUCCAAGCUGUUCCUGAACAUGUCGGCUUCAACAUUGAGCUCAAAUGGAUCUGCCAAAUGAAAGAUGAGUCAUGGGAUGGAAACUUAUCCUCCUACUUCAACAUGAACAAGUUCCUGGACAUUGUCCUGUCCUGUGUGCUGCAGAAAGGUGGAAAAAGACGCAUCGUCUUCUCCUGUUUUGACCCAGAUGUUUGCACAAUGGUGCGUCAUAAGCAGAACAAGUACCCCAUCCUCUUCCUAACUCAGGGAAUCUCUGACAAGUAUCCUGAGCUGAUGGACAUUCGUUGCCAGACCACUCAAAUUGCUAUCAGCUUUGCUCAGAGUGAAAAUAUUCUGGGAAUCAGUGCCCACACUGAAGAACUGUUGAAGCGCCUUAACUACAUUGGGGAAGCUCAGUCUAAAGGCCUGGUGGUGUUCAGCUGGGGGGAUGACAACAACGACCACGAAACCAGAAGGAAGCUGAGAGAGCAGGGAAUUGACGGCCUCAUCUAUGAUAGUAUCUGCGAUGCCCAAGGAGAGCAGUCAAACAUCUUCCAGGUAGAGGAGAAACACUCCCUGCAGGAGGUUAUUACAGAGGAGACCCUUAAGAGCUCAACAUGCUCUUGCUACUCCAUUCCCUGCUCCAUGGCACACUGCAUUGCCUCCAAAGUAUGCGGUGGUAGCGCAGAGUCCGAUUCUGGUCUCAGCUCUUCAUGAACACCCCUCAGCGUCUACCUUUCAACACAGCUUAAUGUAUAUACACACUGAGGUUGGCCAAGGUAGGGUCAGAGGAUUAAACAAAGCAUGUUUGCUCAUUAAAGACAAAAAAUGGAACAUAUUUUGUCUUUUUUUCUCAGACAUUUUCAUAUGUAUACUUUUUGUUUCAAAGGCUGGAUAUAAGAC